ACAAACCAAGCAGGUCAAUUUUUAAGUUAUUUAGGUAGGAGGUGGAGACUUUUUGAAGAAUUGAUGAUAAAAUGCCAGUGAAACGUAUAAUUCGCGUCUUUUCCGCAUCGAAUUCUUCUGAUUUCUAACUAAUAUUAUCGAGACAAAAUGUCAGACAUGUCUUCACUCGCUGGAUUUCGUAACUUGGCAACAAAGAUCGUUUGUGUCGGACGCAACUACAAAGAUCACGCUUUAGAAUUAGGAAAUGCCAUCCCAAAGAAACCAAUGCUUUUUGUAAAAACUGUCAACUCAUUCAUAGUAGAAGGAGAACCAAUUGUUGCACCACCCGGUUGCCAGAAUCUGCAUCAGGAAGUGGAAUUAGGAGUUGUCAUUAGUAAAAAAGCAUCGCGUAUUUCAAAAUCAGAUGCUAUGGAUUACAUUGGAGGUUACACUGUCGCAUUGGACAUGACCGCCCGUGAUUUCCAAGAUGAAGCCAAAAAAGCUGGAGCUCCGUGGUUUCUAGCAAAAUCGUUCGAUGGAUCUUGUCCAAUCGGAGGAUUUCUUCCGGUUUCGGAUAUUCCCAAUCCACACGACGUGGAACUUUUCUGCAAAAUAAACGGAAAAGAUCAACAGAGAUGUCGUACCGAUGUGAUGAUCUUCGAUAUCCCAACCCUUUUGGAGUACACAACACAAUUCUUCACAUUAGAAGUUGGAGAUGUCGUUUUGACAGGAACACCAGCAGGAGUUACCAAGAUUAAUAGUGGAGAUGUCAUCGAAUUUGGAUUGACUGAUAAAUUGAAUUCCAAAUUUAAUGUUCAGUAAACGUUUAUUUGAUACAGUUGCUUCUUUGUAAAUACAAAUAGAAUUUCGUUCAUAAAUAGAACACAUUUUUACGUGUUUUCUAAUGUUCAAAUAAUUUCAAUAAAACUAUUUCUAAAUUAAAU